AUGGCCGCAUCCUCGCAAGCGCAUCUUUGGACUACACUGCACGAUUAUGGAAUCUUGACAACAACCAAUGGAAAACUACUAGCCACUGGCUGCUAUGACAAGAACGCGUAUACAUGGAAUGUUUCUGCUAUAUUAAAAGAAGCUGGCCUUGACGACCUUCUUUUGGACAAGCCCGACAAGUCGCUACUCGCUGCUGAUGCUACACGGCGUCCUGUCCGUCAGCCAAUCAAGAUCUCCCCUCAGGUACCCCGUGGUUUUUUCGACGACACAUCAAAUCGUGCUCACUUGUCUGGCCCCCACUCUCUAUCAUCACCAUCGCAUAGAAGCACUCUUCUUAGCCGUUUUUUAUCUUAUUCCGCCCCAUACACCCCGAUACACACGAUACGCCAUCCCGACCUCGCCCUUUCCAUCGGGUUCGAAACCGUCUCUUUGCCAGACAAAGCGGCGCAGAUAUCGAGCUACACGAGCGUCCCUCAGCAGCAGUUGACGUCCCGUAUGCCAAGGGGAAACGUCACCGUCACGCAGCAAUCCAGCGGCACGGCUCAAGCUCAAUCAUCUUCGCAAUCGCAUGCUGCCGUCUCUACUGUGCCUCCCGUCGUCAGUAAUACAACUUCGAGCACUCCUCCUCACGUAACGAUUAAAUAUCCUGCACGUUGGACUCGCUUCUGGCUCUUCAUCUGUUGUGCGUCUCCUGAAUAUACCGACGGUCAUCCUUGAUCUACCAGUCAUUUACGACGAUCUCUCCCGUCGUUUAACAUUCCAUGAUAGUUAUCUCACCCCUCGAGCAUAUACCUAACGUCGUUUAUUGCAUACUUUGUGAAAAUACCGGGCGCUAGCGCUCAGAAGAGCUCAAGUGCAGCACGCACGUUUCGUUCUUACAUAUGGUAGAUAGUUGUCCCUACAUGAACAGCCUGUCCAUGUCUACUCUAUAGGUAACAGAUACAUAUAUUUCGUGUUUGUAAAAUGGAAGACACUGCAGAAGUC